AUGAGUCGAGAAGGAGGUACCGGAGCAAAGGGGGGAAAGAAGAAGUCGACGAAUUUUGUGAUUUAUUGUGGGAAGCCUGUCGAGGAUAAGAUCAUGGAGAUAGCCUCACUCGAGAAGUUUCUUCAAGAGAGAAUCAAAGUCGGUGGUAAAGCUGGUAAUCUCGGUGAUUUAGUUACGAUUUCUCGUGAGAAGAACAAGAUCUCUGUCACAUCAGACUGCAACUUCUCCAAAAGAUUUUUGGGUUAUAAACAAAAUUUGGUUUCAUUUGACAAGAAUUGGUGGCUUAUUCAGGUGCAAGACAAUUGCAAGACAAUUGAGGAGUACAAUAUUGUUGCUUCUGAAUGGCUGGAAUAA